CGGCUGGCCAGGGGCCGGCCGGAAGCGCCGGCCGGAAGCGGCCGCGGAGCAUGCUGGGAGCGGCUGCCUGCCCCGCUUAGCCGGGGGCGGCAGGGCGGGGGGCGGCCGCCCCUGCGCCGCCCGGGCCGGGCCUCCAUGGCCGGGGGCGGCCCCCCCCGGCGCGGGCCCAAGCAGUGCCCGUGCGGCAGGAGGAUCUCGGUGACGGACGAGCACGAGCGCUGCGUCGUGUGCCUGGGGGCGAGCCACGGCCUGCGCGGCUGCUGGGCCUGCGCCAGCAUGGCCCCCUCCGCGACGCGGCUCCGCCAGCAGCGCCUGCGCGCCCUGCUGCCGGCGCCCCCUCGGCGGGCGAGCGGCGGGGCGGCCGAGGGGAGACCCGCCAAGCGCAGGCGGGAGCUCGCCUUCGCUGCCGAGAGCCCGGACUCCUCCUCCUCGGUGCUGCGGCCGGGAGGGGCAGCUGUGCUGACGGACCCCACGUUGUCGUCUCCACACACCGAGUCCCCUCCACGUAGCAAAACCGAUGUCCCCAACAACUCGUGCUCCCCUCAGAAGAAGCACUGUCAAGCGAGAGCCAAACACAACCCGAAAGCUUGGAGCCCGCCGACGCCCCCACCGUCCGGCAGUUCGGUGUCCGAGUCGCAGCUCCAUCCCCUGCGCUCGGGGUCGGGAGCAGAGCACCAGUCUGGGGAAUCCCCGUGGCAGCGUAUGCUCUCCGACCUGGCCAGAUCCAUCCUCUUAAUCGCUGAGGCUGCUUCAAGAGCCGGAGAGCCGCCCCCAGAACUUGCCGCCCAUCCUUUGGUGAGUCCCAGCGCAGCUGGGAUGCUUUCGGAAGCCAGGAUCGCACCUGGACCCCCAGAGCCAGCUCUUUCACCCAACAAAGCGGCUGCCUCCGUUCCCACGCACCCUCUGCCAGCGGUCCCAGCGCAGCUGCUGUCGCCCCCCUGUGAGGCAGCGCUCCCUUGCCUCCCCUCCCCAUCGGUGUCGUGCGACUCGUCCAUCUGGAAGCCAGACGUCGCCUUGAGGGAUGACGACUCUUGCUGCGAUUCUUCCAGAGGGGAUGAUUUGGUUGAUCUUGGCCCCCGUUUUACAGCAGAAGACUGUCAAGAUAACGCUUCCACGUCAGAAAAUCCCCCUUUCCCCCAGUUCCUGAAAAGACUGGCGAAACUGGUUGGGUUUCAUCUCAUUCCGUGCCAGGAGUCCACAGGGAGCCUCAUUGACCGCUAUCUGGAUGAAAAGCCCUCCUGCGACAGGGUCGCCAUGCCCUUGCACCCGAUCUUGGACAAGCUGGUCAAGAAGGUCUGGCAGACGCCCCACACCGUUCCUCCCGUGGCCAAGGAGAUCGAGAGGAAAUACGUCCUGCUCGAGGACGCGGCUGGUUACGUCUCCCAGCCCGCGCACGAGAGCACGGUCGUGGAGGCGGCGAUGGCGAGGGAGAAGACGGGCGGCGAGCGCGGCGCAGUGCCCCAGCACCCAGAGCUGCGGCGCCUGGAUUUGUUCGGCCAGCGGGUUUACCAGUCAGCAGCCGCCGCCCUGCGGGUCGUCGAUUAUCAGAUCUACAUGGCCCGGGGGCAGGUGGAGCUCUGGAAAAAGGUCUCCGCGCUCGCGCAGCCUCUGCCCCGGGAUCAGCAGCGGGAGCUGCAGCACGUCCUCCUCGAGGGCAUGGACUUGGCGCGGCACCAGGUGCGGGCGGCCUUCGACGCAGGGGACACGGUGGCGAGAGCCGCUGCCUCUGCAGUGGCUGCCCGGCGGUCGGCGUGGCUGCGAGCCUCCGGCUUCCACGAGGAGGUGCAGACGAAGCUCGAGAACUUGCCCUACACGGGGGAGAAUCUCUUCGGGGAGCAGGUGGAAGCUACUUUGCAGAGAGCCAAAGAAAGGCAGGCCACGCUGCGCUUCCUUCGGUCCCUGUACUGCCCCUCGGCUCCCCGCGGCGGGAAGGGGAAAGCUCCGCUCCACAAGCCGGCUUUCACUUCCACGGUGGGUUUCAAGGGCGUGCGGUGCCCUUCUGGGAAGGGCGCCCCGCCGCAGUAGCGGCAUGAGCUGCUCUCGAUCCCCUUCUCCACAGACAGCAAAAAUAAAAGGGAGUGUGAAGAGCCCAACACGCUUAGCUGGUGUUCAGUAAAGCAAUACCCAUUAGCGAGAUAACUCGUUCUGCCUUCUUUUUCCUCUCUGGCUUUUGCGUUUCAAGUUGUAAGCGGCAUUAUUAUGCAUAGCUGGGAAAUCACACUUGAAAGCAAAAGUAUGCAUCCAGAUUUCCACUCCUCAGCUCCUGAGAGCGCUCCGAUAAACCAUCUUACUGCGGAGAGCAGCGCGGGGUCUGGUUCCUCUCGGCAGAGAUACCAGGCCACGGGGAGAAGGAAUAGAGCUAACAAGGAAAAGUUAAAAACAGGACCCAAAAAAGUCGAUCUGCUCAUUUUGUCUCAAUGAAAACGUUUCCCUCCCUUCUCGAGAAGGAAAUCAGAGUUCAAGUAGCAUCUGCUGCUGCUGGUUCUAUUAGAUGUGGAUGAAAACGUUUCCUCUCUCUCCAAGGACGUGUCUAGGUGGAGACUUGAUUGGCGUAACUUUCCAAACUAACCCUUCUGCUGCAGUUAACCCACGCCCUCUGCUAUGAAACGACUUCACAUUUAUUCCUAAAUAAAAGCAGUUUUAUUUCCAACUAGA